AGAAGGAAGGCGGUUGCUUCGUAGUGCAGAGUGUCACUUGCUUCGAGGGUGAUCACGUGAUAUGUGCUGCAUACAAGUAUACAAGCUGUGCACGUGCACCUUCCUAAUAGUGUUGUAGUUCUGCAUCAGUUGUAAGAUCCUCGCUUGCUGUCAGUGAAUGCAAACCUAUACAGAGGUACUUUUUUUCUCAGUGGGGACGGUGAAAGAGAGAAACUUGCAUCAAGAUGGGGCGGAGAUCAACAUCUUCCACCAAGAGUGGGAAGUUCAUGAACCCCACAGACCAAGCCCGAAAGGAGGCGAGGAAGCGGGAGCUGAAAAAGAACAAGAAGCAGAGGAUGAUGGUGAGAGCCGCUGUGCUGAAAAUGAAAGAUCCAAAGCAAAUCAUCAGAGACAUGGAGAAGCUUGAUGAGAUGGAAUUUAACCCUGUGCAGCAGCCACAGCUCAACGAAAAAGUUCUCAAAGACAAAAGGAAGAAGUUGCGGGAGACGUUUGAGAGAAUUUUGCGUCUUUAUGAGAAGGAAAACCCUGAAACUUACAAGGAAUUACGCAAAAUUGAACUAGAUUACGAGCACAAGCGGGCACAGCUUAGCCAGUAUUUUGAUGCUGUUAAGAAUGCUCAGCAUGUGGAGGUGGAGAGUAUUCCUCUGCCGGACCUACCCCACGCUCCAUCUAAUAUUUUGAUUCAAGACAUCCCUCUCCCUGGAGCCCAGCCCCCUUCCAUCCUGAAGAAGACAUCUGCAUAUGGACCUCCUGGGCGAGGUGUUCCUAUGCCGUACCCUCCAGGACAUGGAGUUCCUCGCCUACCCCCAGGCAAGAAGCCUCCUGGUCCACCACCGGGUCCUCCACCGCCACAAGUAUUGCAGAUGUAUGGUCGUAAGGUGGGCUUUGCUUUGGAGAACAUAAUGAAAAGAAGGGAGGAUGAGAGGUACAGCCCUGAAGGAGGGAUGAAAAGUCACCAUGACGCUUCAAGCUCAAGUGAAGAUGAAGAUUAUCCCAAUGAGAUGGAGCAGGAUAAGGAAGAUGAAGGCAGCAGUGAUGAGGACAGUGAUAGCGAUCAAUCAGACGGCCGAGAAAGUGACGGUGGCGAGUAUGCUCAGCGGGACGAUAAAAGUGGGGACAAAAAGGCAGCAGGUCACAAUGUUCGGUUUGCUGAUGCCUCAGAAAAGCCUCACAAGAAAAAGAAGAAAAAUGUAAAGGAUCUGACUCCCCUUCAGGCCAUGAUGUUACGUAUGGCAGGUCAGGAGGUCACAGAAGAAGACGAGGAUCAUGAAGCCGAAGAAUAUUCCUCAUCAUCUUCAUCUGAGGAUGACACUGACUCUGAGGAUGAGCAGAAGAAUGAGGAUUCUAAAACAGAAACUGCUGAGAGUAACUCCUCCUCGGCACCAAUAAAUGUACCGCCACCUGUAACGGUCCCGCCUCCGCCCCUGCAGAUGCCGCCAUCCAUUAUGACUGGGCCACCACCCCUUGGUCCUCCUCCAGUUCCACCUCUUCGACCACCAGGACCCCCAACAGGCAUGCCUCCAGGUCCUCCUCCAGGUGCACCCCCAUUCUUAAGACCCCCAGGCCUCCGUGGUCCUCCACCUCGCUUGUUGCCUCCAGGUCCUCCACCUGGCCGUCCUCCAGGCCCACCUCCUGGUCCUCCUCCAGGUCUGCCACCAGGUCCUCCACCUCGUGGACCCCCACCCCGUCUGCCCCCACCAGCACCCCCAGGCAUGCCCCCUCCUCCUCGGCCCAUGAUGCGUCCACCCUUGGUACCACCACCAGGCACUGCCCCCCCUGGCCUUUACCCUCCAACACCAUUGGCAAACCCAGGAGUUCUAAGUGCACCCCCCAGCUUGAUACAAAGACCCAAAUCAGACGAUGGAGGUGCCACCAUUGAAAAGAAGGCCACUGCCACUAUUAGCGCCAAACCGCAAAUCACAAAUCCUAAGGCCGAGGUGACGCGGUUUGUGCCAACCGCCUUGCGAGUGCGCAGAGAAAAUAAAGGUGUUCCAGCUACUACUCCUGCAAAGAAGCAUGAAGAAGAAGUGGUCAGGCCAGUUGUUAAAACAGGUCCCAAGGUUGGAAACCCAAUGCCUGUGCAGACCAAGGACGAUAUGUAUGAGGCGUUUAUGAAAGAGAUGGAAGGGCUGCUAUAGAGUGGACAGUCAAAUGUACUCUUGUUCUGAUGUCAUCCUCUGUACACAGCCAUCUGUGCCCACAUUCAUCACCAGGUGCUCUGUAUUCCUGUAGAGCUUUAAACCCUUGUGUUGCUGUUAGGAUUACUCUGGAUUGUAGUCCGCGUCUAUGUUCUCUUGAGAUCAUAUGCAGUUUAGGUCUAUUAUGUCGACCAUUUGCAUUUAUUUUUUACAUCUUGUUAUUAAAUGUGUGAUAUUAA